GCCAGUCAGCAGCAGGUAAACAAACCUAUCUGACAGGGACGACGAGCCAAACAAAGCGUAUUCGCCGUUUGACCGCCUUGCAUUUUUCUCAUGUCAAGGAGAAUGUUAGUUGUAACUCAGGGACGCUUGCACACGUUUUUUCUUUAAAAAAUUGUUGCAUUGCAAUUGAACAGAGACGCUACUCGACGACAGACACCCCCGAGACGGAGUAUAGUGCAUCCGUGCAGUCUACUUUUCGACAUCUGCGCAUGAUGCAUUGCAGCACUUUUGAGAAAAUGGACGUUUUUAGCCUCAUUCUAAAAGUAGACUCUGUGAUUAGAGAUGUAGGUUGGGUUCUAUAGCUACAGUGUUGUUUUAUUUGUAGUGGACUCAAAACAACAGCCCUCUUGCGACCUGCAACAUGGGACCCAUCAUGCAGGAGCGCACAGCAUCCACGACACUGAAACGCGUCGUUUCUAAAGAGAAGAUACGGGUUAAAAACGCUGAAAAUACCGGGCCAGUGACCAGUUCAAAGAAAGGUAACAAGAUGAAGAAAACAAGCCAAGUGAAAAAUGGCCUCUCGGGGCCAGGUCAGGAUAAGGACACAGUGCCAGCAGUCCAGAGGGGUACUCAGUCAAGAGGGGGAAGGGUCAAAACUGGUGCCACACGAAAUACAAGCAAACUAUCAAGCCCUGAAGAAGAGGGAGCUUUGAGACCUCAACUCCGCAAACACUUAUCCACGCAGAGGAAAGAAGAAAAACGAGAAACUCAACGGAUUUCACAAUGCUGCAGUGAGCUAGACCAGAAUCGUGGGGGCAUGGGCAAGAAUCGGCGAGCCCUCUCCCUGCCACUCUCCCCAAUUGCAGGGCUGCGCCAGUUGCCAGCACACCCCCAAAUGCAUUCCCCAGCCCCAACCCCGGAGACACUACAACAGCACUACAACCAGAAAGAAGAUGACACUGACAGUGCCAGUGAUCUGUCAGACUCCGAGAGGCUGCCCAUAUUGCCCUCCCCCUGUACCCCCUGCACUCCUCCUCACCUUAACCUCCGGGCCGAGGUCAUCAACACUAAUGACUUCCCACCAGACUUCCCAGGACCUCGAGGUGCUGUGGGUGAUGGAGACGAGAGUGAGAAACCCACGUACAGCUACCCAGACUUCCUGCCUCCUCCCUUCAACAGCUGGAGCCUGCGACAGCUUGCAGUAUUUCUACACACAGAGGGCCGUGGUGCCCCCAGGCCCAAGCCUGUAGGGCCCCUAGAAAAGUACCUGGAGAGGCUGCUGCAGCUGGAGUGGCUCCAGAUCCAGACAGUGCAAGCAGAGAGUAACCGCCCACCCGGGGCUCGUCCAAGGCCACAAGGUUUCCCCUCCUCCACCACGGCUCACUCAUCCAGGCCUCACACAGCACCCCCGACCCGUCUAAACUCUCCUAAAGGGCUGCGGCACAGCCAGCGAGCCUUCCCACUCGCUCCUGUCAACAACCCCCCAUCGCCUGCUGCUGCCCAGCACCAGCUUUCCCGCUUCCCAGUCUGUCCUCACUGUCACAUCCGUUACCCAUUGUGCAACGGGAGCUGCUCGGCCUAUGCCUAUCAGCGCCAUUCACGGCUCAGCCCACUGCUUGAGCGCAGAGCCAGACCUGGGGCACCAGCCAAGAGGAGCAGCAGUGAGAGCCGGGCCACCUCCUCAGAAGGCCAGGGCACAGGAGGACAAGGAGGAGGGGGAGGGGGAGGGGGAGCUCAAACCCCAGUUAGCCCCUCCGUAGGAAAGAGUCAUCUCAGACACAUGCAGGCAGUCGGCAAUGUCCGCAAGCACUCCCAGGAACCAGGAAGUAACCCCAAUAGUAAAGGUCAGAUGAGGAAAGGUCGGGUCAGAGCUAACUCUGAGACAGAUGUGAAAAAGGAACCUGGUGGUGCUAAAGCAUCCAGCACAGAGAAACGUGUUUUCUCUGCAAGUAAGCGAGAGGUGAACCCUUCCAAGAGAGUAGAUAAGGACUGGCAGAGGACAGAGGCAGGUCAGACCUCUAAAACUGCCAUGAAAAGAGCCACUAAAGAGCCGCAAUCUCUUUCCAAAGCACCGCUGGGCAGUAAGCAAAAUGGCAAAGCAAAAAACGUGCACUUUGUUGCAAAGUAACCCCUAUAAACCUAUAGAGCUUUACUUAGAGGUUACUUGGUAGAGGAGCUUGAAUCUAUGCUUGCUUUCUGUGUAAUCAGUGUAUUACUAACAUGUUAUAACUGUUCCACCGCAGUCUAAAUCAGUCAGUUGUUUGCAGCCUUCAAAAGGUCAAAAACAAAUAGUGAUUAAACAGCUAUUAUUGCAAAGCAUAAUAAGACCAUCUCAUAGAACAGUUAUACAUUUUUCAUUCAAGAUGUACAAUACUGUUAUAAUCAUCAAGUUGCACUGUAACAAAUCAUUUUGUCAGAGAGGACUCACUAGGCACUUGACACAGAACUAGGAUUCUCAAAGUACAGCUUUUAUGUAAACUAAACUCUUGCACUGCGCAGUCAUGUUUGUCAGUAUAUGCUAUCUACCCUUGGACAGCUUUCAACAGUAGAAAUCUAAGUCAUCGUUUGUGAACUUCAACACACAUCAUCACAUUUUUGUCACGGAUUAAGACCACAGCCAUUACUAGUGGAAUUGUUUUUGAUGUUGGAAUGUAUUUGUUCUCAGAUGCUCUUACUUUUAACUUGAUGUUGCUUCUCAUCUAUUCUUUGGUGCCUCAUCUUUUAAGAUGUGUUCAGAUGUAACAUCAUUUGCUGAAAAGAAAGAGGUGCAAUAAACGGUGUUGUAUUGAAAUAAUGUAUUUACUUUCAGAUGUACUUGUGCAAUGGUUUUGAAAUUUUGGUUAUAAGGGCUUAUCAUGUUUGAAUAGGCUUGAAUUGUAGUUUAUGACAAUGUAUUUUGCCUAGAGCCGAGCUCUGUCUGCUGUUUAAGAGAGACAGUGUAAUGUUUGCUACGAAUGUAAAUGCAUAUUUUUCCAAAUUUUGUAUACCAUAGUUCUAUUUAUGAAAGCUGUUGUGUUGGACUUGUAUUCAUCAUUGUCAUUGUUAUGUUUACAUUGCCAUGCACAGAAGGUGAAAUAGUUAGCGAGAGAGCUGAAUGUAUCUUUUCCUUAUGUCUACUGUACUGUACCAUUGGUCAUCCUGCGAUUAAGUGGAAUUUCAGAUAGGAUCCACAUCAUAGCAGUUACGCUAUAACAAGGAAAAUGUCUUAUAUAUCAGCUUAGUAUUCCACUACAUACUUGAACAGUCUUUAGCAUACAGUGUUUACAUUAGAGUGUCUUAUUAGUUUCUUGUGGUUUACCAUGUGCACUUGAUUCAUGGCAACACUACAUCAAUGUAAAUGUUGUGAUGUGUGCUCAGAUUGCAUCUCCUCACUUAAUAUUCCUGUAAAGUACUGAAGCCAUAGAUCAGGGGACAGGAGUGGCGAUCUUAUAAAUGUGUACAAUAUAUUGACACGCACGCAGAAAGAUUGUGGUAUGUAUUUUCUCAAUGUUGAAUGCAAGUAUUUGUAAGGCAUAGAAAUAAAUAUGUUUUGCACUCA